UGGCGUUUGGAGUAGGCUUGCGCAUUUUAACCUGGAUCUGAAAACCCGAAAAUAACCGAUCGAAAUCGAACCGACAAUUUACAAGUAUUUUUUAGAUCUAAAUUUUUUUACCCGAAAGAACUAGAACCGGAAGAAACCGGUCCGAAUAGACCUAAACCCGAAAAACCGAUCCGGAUAGACCUAGCCUAAUAAGAACUGAUUUGUACCCGACUUAAAAACAUGUAUAUCCAAAACUAUAAUUAUUUGUGUUCUAUUUUAUAUAUAUAAUUUUAUGAUUUAAUUGAAAUAUCUUUUUUUUACAAUAUUUGUUAUUAUUUUGUAAUAUUUUUAAUUAAUAUGAAGAUUUAAAAUGUGAAGUUUAAAGUUUAAAAAUAUUGUAUUUUAAUUAUUAAUAGUUUAAUAUAAGUUAUUUUGUUGUGUUCAAAAAAAAAAAAAUUGUAAACUUUUAGUAUAUGACAAAUAUCGACUAAAUUUUUAUGGAGUUUAGGUAUGCCAUGUUCUCUUUAGAUCAGAGCAUCUCCAACCCCACUCUAUUUUUUACUCUAAAAUAGAGUUUAGAGUAAAAAAUGCUCCAAUGGUAUUCUAUUUCUCACUCUAUAAUAGAGUGAAAAAUAGGUUUACUCCAAAUAUAGAGUAAUUUGUUUUUUCUUUGUUCAUCACUCUAUUUUCUACUCUAAAAUAAAGUACAUUUGGAGCAAAAUCAAAUUCUAUUAUAGAGUUACUCUAUUUUAGAGUAAAAAAUAGAAUAAGCCAUUGGAGAUGGUCUAAAUAUCCGAAUCCGAUUUGAUAUGGACCCGAAAUUAUGGGUAUUUUAUAAGUAUUUUAAUUAUAUAGCUGAACCGACCUGGCCCCAAGAGGAACUAACCAAACCCGAACCGAAAAUUUACAAGUACCUAUUGGAUCCAAAUGUUUAGGAUCCAAAGGAUCCAGACCCGAAAAAAACAUGUCCGAAUCCGACCAGAAGAUCCAAAUACCCAUACUUAGUUUGAAGUUUCUGGUUUUGCACCAAACAAAAAAUUUGAAAAGUCUUGAUAAAUUAAUUAGUCUUUUUUGGAUCAAAAUAAGUAAAUUUAAUAGUUAAAAACACUUAAAUAUUACCAAGACUCUUCGUACCGCAAUCACAUAUCUGAAACCUUGUUACAUAUAUACUUAUGCAUUUAUACAUAAGGACUUAUGCAUUUAUACAUAAGGAACAAGAUGACUUUCAAAGUAUUGUUUGCAAAAUGCAAAGUUCCUAAAAUGUUUGAACAAAAUUUUUUUUUCCUAAAAUGUUUAAUUUGUGGUUUGUUUAUUUUUUUUUCAACAUUUGAGGCUGUAGCUUUAUUUAGAAAAAUAUGUAAAUACUAAUAUGUGUACAACGCAAUUGUAAAACCAAGCUGUAGGCUCUGUCUUCCUUGGAUUUGUUGUUGUUUUUUGGCUUUGGUUAUGUAUCUUUAUUUCCUUAGUCCAAAUUAGUUAAUGGGGAUAAGCGUUUGCUCCAGUCCUUGAAUCCGGGUGGUAACUUAUCUCGUCUGCUUAUGGUUUCGGUAAGGUUGUUCAUCCUUUUCGAUUCUGUGUAAGGUAACAUUCAAAAUAAUAUCAAUUUAAUAGAUGAUUUAAAAAAACUGAGCUUAAGGCAAAUAUAACAACAAUUAUAUUUCAAUUCAAUGCCAUUUCUACAUUACAAAGAUCUUUUGGUUCAUUACCAAUUCAGCUUAGAAACUAAAAGUAGUUUCACUCACAUGAUUAAAGAAACACAAUGAAUAAAGAAAAUAACGAAUAAAUCAUAAUGGAAGGACAUGUCGAGAGCACAUGGUGUUUGGCUUAGUGACAAAUUCCAAGAAAAGUAGAAAUAAUGAUAUGGGAGAGAGAGCAAUAUGCCUUUGUCUCCUUGGCGGUGGUAAGGUGGCUUCGUUAUCACCCGACACCUCCUCUUCAUAACUAUAUACACAUCUCGUCAUGCAGAUAUAUACGACACUUCAAGAUGGAUGGUUUUGUUGUUCCAUCAUUUUCCUGAAAUAAAACAUUAUCGAAAACGUAAAUGUUUGAUGAGACUUUGGGAUCGCACCCAUCUAUUUGAUUCGAAUUAAAAAUUCGAACACUUCAUAUUGUUUUGAUACUAAUUAAUUGUACUAUUAUAAAUUACAAAAUAUUGUGUAAACCAUUUUAAAAACAAAACCUUUUAUUCUGUUUUACGAAAUUUAUGUUUAUAUGUACCAUUUUGAAUCGCUCUACUAACUGUAUUCUUUACGUCAAUUUUUUAUGUAAACAAUUUAUCCAUUAAUCUUAUAUCAUUCGCUUUAUCUAAAAUUCAAACUCGAUUUUUGUGUACAAUUAUUAAUAGUUAAAUCACUGAACUAAAGAAAUUUCACUAUAGGAAAAAGUUAGAGUCACAACUAAGUAGCAAUAGCAAUUGGUUUGAACGGAAUAUUUAUAAUUUUAUAUAAAAUUCAAGCUACAUUUUAAAUAAAUUCCAAUGUAGCUUAAAAUGAAUGACGGAUUGUCCAACUGAUUUUCCAGAAAAUCAAAAUAUAGCAAAAGAAAAAUGUUUUAUCAGAAAUAAAAAAUAUAGAAUGUUAUAUCAAAAAUAAAAUUUUCUACAAAAUAUAUCAAAAAUAAAAUAAAAAUGUUUUAUAAAAAAAUAAUUAAAUGGUUGUUCGAAAAAUUUUAAAUAAUACUUACGAUAUAUUAUAUUACUACUUUUUCAAUAAUAUUAUUAAUAUGUUCUAUUUUACAAAGGACCGUUUUUGUUUAUUAUUAUAUUUAAUCCCUUUUAAAAUAGAUGGUGGAAUAUUUAAAAGUUGAUUUCAAAUACUAUGAGAAAUUAUGAAUUUGAAGACCUUAAAUAUAUGGUAAGAACUAUUUUGAUGGAGCAAUAGUUGCUAUAUAAGUUCUUAGUAUAUGUUACCAAAACUGCUACCAAUUUCAUAUUGUUCUAGCAUACAUCAGUUUUUCAAGAUUUAAAACGUGUUAUAUGACAUCCCAUUUCACUAAUAGGUUCGCCUCUGAUGGGAAUGGUCUAGUUUUGGAGAGAAUUAGGUUUGAAAGUUUUUUACGACACUAAAUUUGUGUGGCUGCCCGGAUAUAAGACCAUAUUUUGAACUUCAUUUGAAAAUCCAGAUAAAAAUUCAUUCGUGAGCUGCAUCUCUUUUAAAGAAUUAGUCUGAACCUUUUCAUAAAACGGAAUACCCCAUGUUAACAAAAAAAAAAUUUAUUUAAAAAAGUCUGCUUUCACAGAGCCAACAACAUAUGCAUUUAAAAUAAAAGAUCAACUUUUAAUUGGAUGUGAAAGGACAGAACAUCAAUAUUGAAAUGGGAAAAGACUGAGAAGUCAGAAUAAAAAGACAAUAAAUGGGGACAUGGGUCCUGAAGAAGAGAGUGUACACAUCAACUUUUACCAUCUUAUUUUGUCUGGUGGCUUUGUGCUUCUUUGGAUUCAAAGCUUGAGACAAACGGAAAUACAUUACUUGGCUACCCAACAACUUCACUUUCUGUGCUCUUGUCACAAUCUCAAGCCCAUUUUUCUUAUCAUCCAACGUAUCAUGAUUCCUUUUGAGAAACUACAACAAAGAGAAAAGAUAGUUCAGCAAUUUGAUACAGACGGGUAGUGUAUAUUAGAAUUAAUAUUGUAUACGCUAUUAAGCUCAGGAUGUUGACAAAUUCAUCUUCUCUUUAUAUUGAACAUGAUUAUGAGCUCCCCUAGCUAGUACACUAAUCAACUUUGUCGACCAUGGGAUCUACAGGUUGGUUUGCGUUUAGUAGCCAAAUGCAAACACAAAAAAUGAGAAAUAUGAUGUUUUUUUUGGCCUGGCUUGAUGGGUCAUUUAUUUACCGAUUUUUUUCAGACUAGACCGGACCAGUCCGCAGGGUUUUGGUCCACCACAACAUCUCAGAAUUUAGCAUAUGCAAUGAGUUAAAAGUCCACCAUAUCCAUUAGAGACCAAACGUUCCUAAUAACCAACCAUUUAUUAUUUUUAUAUGAUCUUAAUUAUCUUUUUUAAUCUUUAAACUUUUUAUCCAUCUACAUACUAGAGAUUCAAGAGAAAACUUCUCCACCGUAAGAUCGUUACAUCCCCCUAAUUGAUAAUGGUCUCAAGAUGGGUCUGUCUUUUAAGGAUCGAUCCAAAUGUCGGAAGCAUGGAGGCAUACUAUAGGACAAUCUUGGCGGCAACCCAUCACUACUCAUCCAUUGCAUCCAACCCAUUCCCUCUCUCCCUCUCUCCCUCUCUCUUCAAUGUAUAUAUAUGUUACAUUACUAUGAUAAGGAGUAAAGGCAAGGAACAUUUAAUCAUCAUCUCCAUUUCUCACCAAUUUUUAUAUCCCACACAUCCUGCAAGUCUGCAAUCUUCACUUUCUUUCUUUUGAAAAAAGCCACAUGUUGAAAUAAACUGAUCUUCACAACCUUCAGAUCCUUCAGUCUAUUCUCAACAAGAUAGAAAAGUGAAAAUAUUCCCAUACUCUUUACAAUAGUUUUAAACUUCAAAUCCUCAUGGACUUUCUCAAAGUUUCUGACAAGACAACAACUCCAUAUAGAAAUAACUCUCUAUUUGGUUUGAGUCAACAACACAUGGAGAUUCAUCCUCAUCCUCAUCCUCAUCCUCAUGUCAUUACUCCUCAUGCAGGAAAUGGAGUUAUGGGAUGUUACUAUUAUUACCCUUUCACGAACGCGCAACUAAAGGAGCUCGAGAGACAAGCGAUGAUCUACAAGUACAUGAUCGCAUCCAUUCCCGUUCCUUUCGAUCUCCUUGUCUCAUCAUCAUCCUAUGCACCUCCCUGUAAUAAUAAAAACGCUGUCGGAGACUUAGAGCCGGGGAGAUGUCGGAGAACAGACGGGAAGAAAUGGAGAUGCUCGAAAGAAGUCGUCUCUAAUCACAAAUACUGUGAGAGACACUUGCACAGAGGCCGUCCUCGUUCAAGAAAGCAUGUGGAACUUCCUUACUCUCGCCCUAUCAACAUCGGUGGUGGUUCCGAGAAAAACAGAGUUCUUAGUUCUAUAAAAGACACAACAGUCGUCGAGCCAAAGGAGGUUUCAUCAGCCCUCGCAAACUACAGAGGACUCGAGAUCUUUCCUGCAUCGGCGUCAAACGAGCAAGAAAACAAGUAUCUGAACUUCAUAGAUGUCUGGUCCGAUGGAGUAAGAUCAUCUGAGAAACAGAGUACCCCUGCUUCUUCUUCUCCCAACGGCAACCCUUCUCUUUACUCGCUUGAUCUUUCCAUGGGAGGAAACAGCUUAAUGGGCCACGAUGAAAUGGGCUUAAGAGUAAUUGGGCCGGGUCGUGAUGAUCCUCACGGGUAUGGACCAUAUGGCGGUGUCGUGUCUUCUUCACUAGAUGAGAUGUCGAGAUGGCUUGCUUCCACUUCCGCCACGCCCGGGGGACCAUUAGCGGAGAUACUGAGGCCGAACCCGAGUUCAGCGUUUUCUGGCGAAAUGGAAGGGAAUAGCUUGACGGCGACUCCUACUCCGAGCUCGUCGCCGUCUAGAGUGGUGAAGAAAGUGACUGGUUCAGUGUCUGAUGAUAGCAGCAAGAUUUAGGAGUUUGGUGAUGACGACUUUGUUUUGUCUUCGUUUGCCUCUUUCUUACUAUUUAAAUCUUGUACUUGUAAACUGUAACAAGCAGUUACUUUUAAUUAAUUAUGGGCUUUCUUUGA